AUGUUGGGAAGGGGAGGAUCUGCCUUCAGCAACAACGUCCGCGUGGCCUACGACCUCCUCAACCUCACUGGGCCCCAAAGACAUCCAGGUGAGGCUCCAGAAGGCCCUGAUGGCUCCUUCACCGAGAGCCCCACAGGAGGAGGAGGAGGAGGUGGUGUGGGAGGAGGAGGUGUGAGAGGAGGCCUCUACACACAGACUCUGGAGUGUCUCUGCAGUGAAGGUGGCGUCCCUGCCUCCACCUCUGCUCCGCUCCUCCGACGACUCCACUGCCAAGACCACGAGGCCGUCCCUUAUGACAUCUUCCGACACGGCGUGCUCACGUGUGCCGUCUUCUCGGACUACAUCCGGCAGGCCCAGAGGCUUUACGCUGAGGUGUGCUGCCCAGACAACGGGCCUGCUUCGCGGGCGCUGUGCCUGGCCGUGCUGGGGACCCUGAAGGAGGCUCUGGAGACGUCCAAGGGCUGUGAUGCAAACUGCUGCGUUAACGCCAACAACUCUUGUCUGGAGGCCAACGUGAAGGCCAUCCGCUACCUGAAGGCCAGUGCCAAUAUCUCUCCCUGCAAGCUCGCUCAGGCUAUGUCUGGAGCGCAGUUGCGGGGUCCAGGUGGCGACAUGGACGCUAAGGAGUUUGAAAAUGCAGCGGCUGAGCUGUUUAUCACUCGAGUCAAAGUUGUGUCCUAGGUCUCUUCUCUGUUUUCACAUAAGUUAUGAAUGUACAGCCAUGUCGUAGAGUAAAUCAUUAUCCUGUGUGCACCUACUACUGUCAGGACCUGGCUCUACAGCCAUGAAAAAAUAUAGGAGAAUGCAGGAUGAUGGGAAAAUAGUAAAAAUGUAUAGAAUAAAACAAUCAACACUAGAAUGAACUAAAGAUAUUGUGGGAUCAGAAAGGUCAGUGGUGUAAAGGUCAGUGGUGUAUGCAGUGUGGUGUGUGGGAUGAGAAAGAUGUUGGAUGCAUGAUCACAAAAUAACGUGCUGGGGAGAGUCCUGGCCAGAAAAAGCAAUUUCUUCCAACCAAAGUCAUCAACCAGAUUCCACCCUGUGGAUACCUGCCUCUCAAAGGGAACAAGGCAUACUGAGCUGCUUAGCAGAAUGAAAAGAUGGGCCUAAGGCUAAUGAGCUAAUGUCUCCAUGAGAUGCACAGAUAUAACCUUGUCUGAAUAUCGCUGUUUGUCUUGAGCUUAUUAAUGUCAGCAACAUCUGCUGUGGCUACACAGGCAGCUGCUGUCCCGUGUGGAGGACAUGACGUACCUUGAUUAGACUAAAUAGAUUCAAUGAAAUCAGUAUUUGUCCCGAACGGCUUCAACCUUUGUUCAGUGUUUUCCCUGAAAUGCUCAGUUUAGAGAGUAUCUACAUCUACUGCAGUCCAGUACAACAGCCUUGUAAUAGAUUCUCUGUAAAAAUACAACAACAUUUCAAGGUUUUGUUGAGACUGUCAGUGAUGAUGAGUGAACCGGUCUGUGCUAUCUUAGCAUUUGUAACAUGUUGUAGAAACAGGAGCCAGUCUCAUGUGCUCUCCUUGACGGUCUCUGUCCCUGUGACCCCCAAUUAAGUACAAGUGGUGUCGACAGAGGAGGGACAUAAACAUGGAACAGAAUUUUGAGGUGUGCUCUUUCUGAUUCAAAUCACAGUGCAGAGAGAAAAGGGCAAACCAGAAAACAAAACCUUUUGCAUCCAUUACUCUGUACACUGUAUACACAGGCUCUGGUCACCAGCGCUGCUAAAUAAACACAAACAUUCACAUGCGCUCUGAGUGUUUAAACAACAGUAAUCACGAAGGCCAUACAGUUCCUAUAGUUUGUGUUUGUAUCAAGACAAAGUGGCUUUGAAUUUUCAAAAUGUGGAUGUAUUAGUAUUUUCUGUGAGUACUGAUCAUGUGAACUAAGAGGAAUGAUUCAAAUGCAGAGAUGGAAUGUAACAAAAUGCAGUUACUAGUAGUUAUGUUCCUGUUUAAUUUUCUUUUUUUAGAUUUUUUUUACUGAGAUACGUCAGCCACAAAAGGUAAAUGCUGUUCACACAUUAAUCCAUCAGUAAUAAUAAUCCUAUACACACCCAAUCUCUGGAUGUGUCCCCUGUUGCACAUUAAGUCCUGUACCACUAUGAAUGAUUGUAAAUCUAAUUUAAAGUCUUACCUUUUUAA